GUCAGAUUCCUGCUAUUUGAAAGCAUAAUUUUAUGUUGCAUAUGUUUAAUCUUUCCACGUGCUUUUGGCUGGCUUUGAUUUCUUGAUCUUCAGUUUGUUUCUGUAUUAACCUUCUUCUGUUAUUGUAUCUUCUCUUCUAUACUGGAUUCAUGUUGCCUGUCAACCAACCAAGAUAUUUCUUAUGCGGUUCCUUGUAAGGUGCAACAACAGGCCAAUUAUUAGUUAAUGUCUUGAAGAAAGUUUUCACAUAUAUUUAAAAAGAGCAGGCAGGAGUUUGAAUUAUUUGUUUCUAAUCUAGCACAAACCUCUAUUGAUGUUUUCAGGUUUCAUUGUUAAAUUUUUUGAGGAAUUGCUGUUAUGGGUGAUUUUUCUAUUCAAAUUACUCCAGAACUUGUUAAUCGAUUCGCUAAUGAUGGGGAGAAAUUAAAGAAGAAAACAAAGAAGACUAAACCUAAGACCCAACGAGAACCUACCCUGCCCAAACCUAAGGUGAAUGAGAAACAGCUGCAUGGUGAUUCUGAGACACGCAAAAGGAUUGCUUCUCCAGGAUGGCCAGUUCAAACUCCAAUGCACCUGCCAAUAACCCAACCUGUACAGCCUGCAAAUGCCGAGUUGGAUGAGAUUCGAUCAGUCAUUCGAGAGAGCGAGAAGGUUCUAGAAAAGUUGCUGAAGCAGGAGGAUGACAUGGUGCAGCAAGUUACAGAAAGAGCCAAGGAUCUUCGUGAUAAGGAAUUCAAGCUUCCAUACCAGAAGACCAUGCCCUGUUUGGCUGAUUAUGAUGCUUGCAAGGCAUGCUACAAGGAGCACGCUAAUGAUAUUUUGAAAUGUGCCCCCUUCACUAAGAGUUAUUAUGAAUGUGUUCGCAGAGCUAAGCAGCAACAGAAUUCAGCAGAUAAGUAGACUUUCUUGCAAGAAAAAUUUCUGAGGUGAUAUACAUGAUUCCAGCCCAAUUGUGGGUUUUGAGAGAUGAGAGAAAUACAUUUUUGCUGUGAAAAUAAGCAAAGCACUAAUUACCCUUAUCGGAAUGUAAGCUGUGCUGUCAUGGUACAUUUAAAAUUUUGUUAGAACAAUUGUUUGUUACAAAACAAUGUUGAAAUUCUCAUGGCAAGCAGUGCCAUGUUAAGAUUUCUUUUGGAACAUGUGAGUGAAAGUUGACUCCUCUCGUGGUGAAUCUCAAUUUGGCAAAAUGGAAAUAGUUCAAUCUCAUCAUGGAGUGUGUUCCUCA